AACCCUCCCAAGCAGCUUGCAACCUUGCGCCGACGUGUGUGCCUGUUUGCUGACGGAGGAUGGUCCAGGUGUCUCGACGCGCCGGCUGAACCUGAGCUCCACCGAGCCCAGACGACACAUUACCGUCGCAGCACGUUCGCUAUUCCAUUAUUCUACUGUUGAUUGCCUUAAUAUACCAUCAAAAUGGCGGACCAAAAUAUCUCUCAGUACAAAUACUCGGCGAUGUCCAACCUGGUUCUCCAGGCGGACCGUCGUUUCAUCUCUCGCGUCAAUGAUGAACCCACCGGAGACCCAGAGUCGCUCGCCGGUCGCAUAAGUAUCCGGGAGAUGGGCUCAAGAAUGGCGCGUGAUGAUGCGCCAAAGACGAAGAAGAAGGCCGUCGGACCGACAGACAUUGAGCGGGGCGCGAUUCGAGAGGGUGAGGACGUCCUUGCCCGGGAACAGAGGAAGACCCAGCGGGGUCAACCAGCACAACUGCGAGGUCAGGGUAUCCUCUCCGCCGCCGAUGCUCUUGUGGAGGGCCUGAAGUACCGUCCCCGCACGCCUGCCACCCGGGCUACCUACGAUCUCAUUCUCACCAUGACCGCGAAUCACCUUGGCGAUGUCCCUCACGAAGUCGUUCGAAGUGCUGCUGAUGCAGUGCUGGAGCUGUUGAAGGAUGAGGAGAUGAAGGACUUUGACAAGAAGAAGGAGAUUGAUGACUUGCUCGGAAGUUCGAUGAAUCCCAAGGAGUUUAAUGAGCUCGUCAACCUCGGCAAGAAAAUCACGGACUACGACGCGCAGGAUGAAGAUGAAGAAAUGGGCGACGGUCUGGAUGGCGAAGGGGAAGGCGAACUGGAUGAGCGUCAGGGUGUUGCUGUCGUUUUCGAUGACGAAGAUGAGGACGAGGAGCGCAUGGGCACUUUGGACGAGGUACGCGAUGACGAUGAAUUGUCAGAGGACGAGGAGCCAGAUCAACAAGAGGCUACUGGAAUCGACGAAACAACCACCGAGAAGGCGGACCUUGACGGGCUUGAGGAUACCGAAGAGAUGGUAAUUGAUGGCGGUCUAGGUCGGGGUGCGGAGCGACGAGACAAGGGAUUCACGAUACAUGCCCGGGAAAUCGACGCCUACUGGCUUCAGCGUCAGAUUGGUACCGCAUACCCCGAUGCUCACGUACAACACGAGAAGGCUACCCAAGCGCUUGAAAUUCUUGGCGGUCAGGGUGAGGACGGCGCAGAGCGGCCGCUGCGUGACGUGGAAAACGACCUGAUGGAAUUAUUCGACUACGAGAACCCCGACCUCGUCGCCAAGCUGGUCACCAACCGGGAUAAGGUCAUCUGGGUUACCCGCUGGCGUCGGGUGGCCGAAGAUGCGGAUGCCCGCCACCUGGUCGAGAGUGAGAUGGUUGAGGCUGGGCAUCGUGCAAUCUUGGACGAGAUUCGGGGCAAAGCCACUCGUGACGAAGGUGCAGGUCGGCCAGAGAAGAAGAUCAAGCUGGAUUUGAUGGACGUCGAUGUUCCGAAUGCACCCCAACAAACCGAGGAGAAGCCCGCAGAGGGUGGGCUGGUAAGGGGUCUCCAGCCGAAGAGGUUGAUCAACCUGGAAAACCUCGUUUUCCACCAAGGCAACCACUUGAUGACGAACCCCAACGUGAAGCUGCCACAGGGCUCCACGAAACGGACCUUCAAAGGCUACGAAGAGAUUCACGUGCCGCCUCCCCAGCAGAAGAGAGAGCCCGGCGAGAAGAACAUUCCGACCGCUGAAUUGCCCGAGUGGGCUCGCGUUGGUUUUGGCAGUUCGAAGGAGCUCAACCGGGUCCAGUCGAAGUGCUUCCCAUCCGCGUUCCAUGACGAUGGAAACAUGCUUGUCUGUGCGCCCACAGGAUCAGGAAAGACGAACGUUGCCAUGCUCACUAUUCUCCGCGAAAUCGGAAAGAAUCGUAACUCUGAAACCGGGGAAAUUAUGCUAGACGACUUCAAGAUUAUCUACAUCUCCCCGUUGAAGGCGUUGGUUCAAGAGCAGGUUGGAAACCUUGGCAAGCGAUUGGAGCCGUAUGGCAUCAAGGUCGCUGAGCUCAGUGGUGAUCGCCAACUCACCAAGCAGCAAAUUGCGGAAACACAGAUCAUUGUGACCACCCCGGAGAAGUUUGACGUCAUCACCAGAAAGGCAUCGGAGACGAGCUACACGAGGCUUGUUCGUCUUGUCGUCAUUGACGAGAUUCAUCUCCUUCACGACGAUCGUGGUCCUGUCAUUGAGAGCAUUGUGAGCCGGACUAUCCGCAAAGUCGAGCAGACCGGCGACCCGGUGCGAAUCGUUGGUCUCAGUGCUACCCUUCCCAACUACCGUGAUGUCGCCAGCUUUUUGCGCGUGGACCCCCUGAAAGGCCUUUUCCACUUCGAUGGAUCUUAUAGGCCAUGCCCACUGAAACAGGAGUUCAUCGGUGUCACGGACAAGAAGGCUAUCAAGCAGUUGAAGACGAUGAACGACAUCUGCUACAACAAGGUUCUGGAACAAGUCGGACAGCGGAGGAAUCAGAUGCUUAUCUUCGUCCACUCCCGAAAGGAAACCGCCAAAACCGCCAGAUACAUUAGGGACAAGGCUCUCGAGAUGGAGACCAUUGGUCAGAUUCUGCGAAGUGAUGCUGCUAGCAGAGCCAUCUUGGCCGAAGAAGCCGAGACUGUUGAUGAUGCUGCGCUCAAAGACCUUUUGCCUUACGGCCUUGGUAUCCACCAUGCCGGUCUGAGUUUGGCGGAUCGUGACUCUGUUCAGGCUCUCUUCAGUGAUGGCAGUAUCCAAGUCCUUGUCUGCACAGCAACUCUUGCCUGGGGUGUCAACCUUCCUGCCCAUACGGUCAUUAUCAAGGGUACCCAGAUCUAUUCUCCCGAGAAGGGUAGCUGGGUUGAGCUUAGCCCUCAGGAUGUCCUCCAGAUGCUGGGACGAGCUGGACGGCCUCAGUACGACACAUUCGGUGAGGGUAUCAUCAUAACCUCUCAGACCGAGAUUCAGUACUAUCUGUCUCUUAUGAACCAGCAGCUGCCAAUUGAGAGUCAGCUGAUGAGUAAGCUCGCCGACAACAUGAACGCUGAGAUCGUCCUGGGUAAUAUUCGGACCCGUGACGAGGGCGUCGACUGGCUUGGAUACACCUACCUGUUUGUCCGUAUGCUUCGUUCACCGGGAUUAUACAGUGUUGGUGCCGAUUACGAAGACGAUGAUGCGCUCGAGCAAAAGCGGGUCGAUCUUGUUCAUUCUGCAGCUGUCAUCUUGGAGCGGGCAGGGCUUGUCAAGUACGACAAGAAGACGGGACGCUUGCAAUCGACUGAGCUUGGACGCAUUGCCUCUCAUUACUACAUUGGCCACAACUCCAUGUUGACGUACUCUCAGCACCUCCAGCCCUCCAUCACCACCAUCGAACUGUUCCGGAUCUUCGCUCUGAGUGACGAGUUCAAGUAUAUUCCCGUUCGUCAAGAUGAAAAACUCGAGCUGGCCAAGUUGCUCGGACGUGUGCCUGUUCCUGUCAAGGAAGGCAUCGACGAGCCUCACUCGAAGAUCAAUGUUCUGCUGCAGGCCUAUAUCUCCCGACUCAAGCUCGAGGGUCUUGCUCUUAUGGCGGAUAUGGUUUAUGUCACUCAGUCGGCUGGUCGUAUCCUGCGCGCUGUGUUCGAGAUUUCCCUGAAGAAGGGCUGGUCAUCUGUGGCCAAGACGGCUCUAAACCUCUGUAAGAUGGCUGAACGUCGCAUGUGGCCAACAAUGUCGCCCCUCCGUCAGUUCCCCACCUGUCCCCGGGACAUCUUGCAGAAGUCCGAGAGAAUCGACGUGCCCUGGGCUAGUUAUUUCGAUCUUGAUCCUCCUCGUAUGGGUGAGCUUCUUGGUAUGCCGAAGGCUGGCCGUGUCGUCUGCGACCUCGUCUCCAAGUUUCCCCGUCUGGAGGUCCAGGCUCAGGUCCAACCUGUCACUCGUUCCAUGCUGCGGGUGGAGUUGACGAUCACCCCCAACUUUGUGUGGGACGAGGCCCUUCACGGAAAUGCGCAGGACUUCUGGAUUCUGGUUGAAGAUUGUGAUGGCGAGGAAAUUUUGUUCCACGACCAGUUCCUCCUCCGCGGAGAUAUCGCGCAGUCCGAGAUGAACGAGCACCUCGUCGAAUUCACUGUUCCGAUCACCGAACCCAUGCCCCCCAACUACUUCAUUUCGCUCGUUUCGGACCGUUGGAUGCACUCGGAAACCAAGAUUGCUGUUUCCUUCCAGAAGUUGAUUCUUCCCGAACGUUUCCCCCCUCACACUCCUCUGCUCGACAUGCAACGUGCACCUAUCAAGGCUCUGAAGCGCGAAGAGUACCAGCAGUUGUACCCCGAAUGGCAGUAUUUCAACAAGGUCCAAACGCAGACCUUCAAGUCUUUGUUUGAUACUGAUGACAAUGUCUUUGUCGGUGCUCCUACCGGUAGUGGCAAGACCGUUUGCGCGGAAAUUGCCCUGCUUCGCCACUGGUCCCAGGAGGAUAAUGGUCGGGCCGUUUACAUUGCCCCAUUCCAGGAAUUGGUGGACCAGCGCCUUGCAGAUUGGGAGAAGCGGCUGGGCAAUGUCGCUGGUGGAAAGACCAUCGUGAAGCUUACUGGAGAGACGACUGCUGACCUCAGGCUUUUGGAACAUGCUGAUCUUGUUCUUGCUACUCCUACUCAAUGGGAUGUUCUGUCCAGACAGUGGCGGAAGCGCAAGAAUGUGCGAACCGUGCAACUGUUCAUCGCGGAUGAGAUCCAGAUGCUCGGAGGCUACGGAGGAUAUGUGUAUGAGGUAGUGGUCUCGCGUAUGCACUCUAUGGCGCUUGAAACCGAGAGUGGCUUGCGCAUUGUUGGUUUGAGCGUGCCGCUUGCCAAUGCUCGCGAUCUCGGCGAGUGGAUUGGUGCCAACAAGCAUACCAUCUACAACUUUAGCCCGCACGCCCGGCCGGUGCCUCUCGAACUUCACAUCCAGUCUUUCACCAUCCCCCAUUUCCCUUCGCUCAUGCUGGCUAUGGCUAGGCCGGCGUAUCUUUCCAUCCUUCAGCUGUCCCCUGACAAGCCGGCCAUUGUUUUCGUGCCUAGUCGCAAGCAGACCCGUUCGACUGCCAUGGACCUUCUUGCUGCCUGCGCUACCGACGAUGACGAAGAUCGGUUCCUCAACGCCGACAUCAAUGAGCUAGCCCCUCUACUUAACCGGGUCCAAGAACGGACUCUGGCGGAGUCGCUCUCUCACGGCAUUGGCUACUACCACGAAGCGCUUAGCGCUACGGACAAGCGCAUUGUCACCCAUCUCUUUACCAUCGGUGCGAUCCAGGUUCUCCUUGCGUCUAGGGACGUCUGCUGGGAGCUCAAUCUCACCGCGCAUCUGGUGAUCGUCAUGGGGACCCAGUUCUUCGAAGGUCGGGAGCACCGCUACAUUGACUAUCCCAUCAGUGAGAUCCUCCAGAUGUUUGGCAAAGCUUCUCGCCCUGGUGAGGACAAAAUCGGCCGUGGUGUGCUUAUGGUUCCAGCUGUGAAGCGCGAAUACUACAAGAAGUUCUUGAACGAAGCGUUGCCCGUUGAGAGUCAUUUGCAAGCCUACCUGCACGACGCGUUUGUCACGGAAAUCAGCACCCGGACCAUUGGAUCUACUCAAGAUGCGAUCGACUGGAUGACCCACACCUAUUUCUACCGUCGUCUGUUGGCGAACCCCAGCUUCUACGGUCUAACUGAUGUCAGCCACGAGGGUCUCAGUACCUUCCUGUCCGAGCUGCUGGAGAACACGCUGAAGGAACUGUCGGAUGCCAAGAUCGUUGAUCUUGACGAGGAGGAUGACAGUGUCUCACCUCUGAACGCGGCCAUGAUUGGGUCUUACUACAACAUCUCCUUCAUUACUAUGCAGACCUUCCUCCUUUCUCUGUCGGCUCGCACGAAGCUCAAGGGUAUCCUGGAGAUUGUCACGUCCGCCACGGAGUUCGAGUCCAUCCAGAUGCGCCGUCACGAAGACCAUAUCCUUCGUCGCGUGUAUGAUCGCGUGCCUGUCAAGAUGUCGCAGGUCGCCUACGACUCGCCACACUUCAAGGCCUUUGUCCUGUUGCAAGCCCACUUCUCGCGCAUGCAGUUGCCGAUUGAUCUUGCCAAGGAUCAAGAAGUUAUUGUCAGCAAGAUCCUCAACCUGCUCAGUGCCUGUGUGGAUGUUCUCUCUUCGGAGGGUCAUCUGAACGCCAUGAACGCCAUGGAGAUGUCUCAGAUGGUUGUCCAGGCCAUGUGGGACCGGGAUAGCCCUCUCAAGCAGAUUCCUCACUUUGGUCCCGACGCCAUCCAGGUGGCCAACGAAUACAAUAUCAACGAUAUCUUCGAAUUCAUGGAAGCGAUGGACCCGUCGGAGAACAAGGAUUAUGCGUCGUUGGUCAAGGGCCUGGGUCUGGACAACAAGCAGCUGGCACAGGCUGCGGCAUUCACCAACGAGAAGUACCCCAACAUUGAACUUGAUUUCCAGGUCGAGGAUCCCGAGAGCAUUACCUCCGGCGAGCCGUCGUACCUUAAUGUCAAGAUCGAGCGGGAGGUGGAGGAAGACGAAGAGCCGGAUACCUCAGUGCACGCUCCUUUCUACCCCAACAAGAAGAUGGAGAACUGGUGGCUGGUGGUGGGAGACGAGAAGACCAAGAACCUCCUCGCUAUCAAGCGUAUCACUAUUGGUCGCAAGUUGGAGCUGCGUCUGGAGUACAUUGUACCCACGCCGGGUGAGCACGAGCUGACGCUGUACCUGAUGAGUGACAGUUACGUUGGUGUGGAUCAAGCCCCUACGUUUACUGUGACUGCUGCUGAGGGAAUGGACGAGGAUGAGAGCGAGGAAGAAGAAGAAGAUGAGGAGUAGACGUGUCUCUCCGGAUAGUCUAUACAUGUUUCGUUAUGCUUCGCAUUCUGUAAUUAUAUGUGUAAUGUGAACAAUCAAUGCCUAU